AUUCAAACUAACUGUCUAUGAAAAGAGCAUAGCGCCCUUUCUUCGUCCUGUUUAUUUCAUUUUCAUCAACCUACAUGCUCUCUCUUCGAUUAUUUUUCUAAGAAGACGCCAAGACGCCUAUUGAUUUUAGAUAAAGUAAUUAAUAUAAAGAGUUGGCCCAGUGGAUUUAAAAGAUUAAGUUGCUUAGCCUCUGAGUGGCUAUCACUGAAAGACUUCGGCUUUUGUAAUCAGGUGUAUGUGUCAACCAAAACACGGUCAUUUUCGUCUAUAAACAACUUAAUAGGAGAAGGAAAAUCUAUUUAAAGUUUCUGACACUUCGGUUUGAGGAUUAUGAUACCAAGUUGACCAUGAGCUCGUUAUUCAAUCUAUGGGAAAUUUGUGGUAUACAUUAUUUAAACAUAUCCACUCGUUCCAUCAGUAGUUAAAAACAUGAUAGAUUCCUGCGAAUUGUUAUCGCGAUUACUUUAUCUCCUAAAAAUGGAUAUCUUGAUCUUGAAUUUGUAGAAUCUUGCAAAGGCAAGUCAGGGAGACUCGUCUCUUAUAUUCAAGUCAUAUUCGCAUAUCCGGUCGACUAUUUUUUCCAAAUACACAGUGAUUGUUUACAUUAUUUGAGACUACGAUUCAGCAUUUGAUUGGAGGCGGAGACGUGAUAGUGAUCCAAAUGCAAACGAUCAUCAUGUGCAGCUUAAAUAAAUCAGCAUUAAAAUUUCUGCUCUUAUUAACGAGGGCGUGAUCUUAACAGCUAUAUCACCACAGCCAUAAAAGGUUUGAAUACUGCAUGCAAAUUUCGUUGGAUAAUUUUUCAAGAUAUGUGGGAAACCUUUAACUUUGCAAGUUGAGUACUCGAGUGUCUGUUAUCAGUUGACCCCUCGUGUACAGAGAUCAAGUUUAAAAAGCAGAAACCAGAUCGUUGUAGUCGUUCUCCAUUAGAGAUGUCUCCAUCAAGCGCGGAACAAUCAAAGGAAACAUGAACGAGAGUAGUUUGACUUCAACAGCUGAUGCUUGGAGUGACCUGACCACGCCAACUAUGAAAUGGGUUUUUCGGGGCCUUUUCUCAACAAUCCUAUUUCUUGGUUUGGUUGGAAAUGGCGCAGUAUGCUCAGCCAUCGUUCUAAAGCAGCGAUUGCGAACGACGGCGAAUAUGUUGGUGUUAAACCUUGCUGCGGCUGAUUUCGUAUUUGUGGCGCUUUACGCCCCGACACAACUCUCCUUUUUCGAGAACAACUACAGCUGGGAGAUGGGUGACGGUGUUUGUAAGCUCACAUACACAGUCUUACCAGCAUGCCUUUGCGCUACUGUGGAAACUCUUUUAUGUAUUGCGGUGAUACGUUACAAAGCUGUGGCGAGUCCGUUUCGUUUGCGCGUCGGAAUGACUUAUAAAACAACAGCAGUGGUGAUAUCUGUCAUAUGGCUGACCUCUUUGUUAACAGGCCUACCAGUUCUUCUUUUGGCGAAGACUGUACAGUACCAAGACAGGGUAUUCUGUGACGAAAUCUGGCCAGUUGGCAAGCCUUACCGUGAAGUUUACUGGGUUUUUAUAUUUCUUAUCCAGUACGCCAUUCCAUUGUUGGCUGUCAUUCUUUUAUCCAUUGCUACAAUCGUAAAAGUGAAACAGAGUCGCGCUCGUGUAAUACCAAGUGCUCCGUCCAUCAACAACGAAGCAAAUUCAGUUUCCCAUGUCUUACAAGCUAGCGUGAGGCAAAGGCAAAGGAGAGAGAUCAACAUGUCAAAGAUGUUGACAGGUUUGGUCAUCCUGUACGCAAUCUGCAUGCUUCCUCAGCACGUUGUGUUUUUCUGGCUUACGUACGGCAACUUGAAACAGCAGGAGUACUCGCUAUACAUUUUCACUAUCGCUAAUAUGUUUCCGAUCGCUAACAGUGCGUUAAACCCUCUUAUAUACGGCAGUUUACAUAAAGAGUUGAAAAGUGGCUUUAAAAACUGCAUUAAGUGUUCAUAAUUGAAGAGUUCUUGUCAAACGCCGAGGGAUUUUUUCAGAGCUCUCAAUCUAUAUAGGAGCUUUACCUUAUCAGAAUUAACAGCAUUAAUCGUAUUCAUGUCAAGUGGUGCUUAGGUCUCAAAACGAUUAUGCAGUCAAUUUUUUUCCAGUACUCUUGACUUCAAACAAAGGGAAAAGCCUUCCGUACUUUUCUUCAGGAAAAACUUAAA